CAUACACACCUACCGUCGCGCAUCUUUCGCACUAUGCAGUCAACGACAACGCCGGUCAAUCCUGCCCCACAUAAAUCAUACAAUUUCAGCCUGGAGGAUAUGAAAAACACGAAAAUAUUCAAUAACCAACCAGCUUCUCCUCUGUACUCUGUGGUCACCGACAUAAAGUCGGACAAGCGCACUGACAUCUUUGAUGCUCGUGCAAACCGCCUGUUGGCUCGAAUCGACAGGAGGGAUAUCCUGCCAGACACCAUCACAUUUCCCGACAGAAAUGGUGGCUCUUCAAUAUCCCUUAGUAAAUGGUUACAUAAAAGCAAGCUUGAGAAUGGACAUCAUAUCCACUCCAUUGAGACUGCACAUGGAACUUACGUUUGGAAGUCAGACGCCGCUUAUCGACUGGCUUUGUAUCGGAAGGGUGACAUGUCCAAACCUGUGGCACACCUCCAAGAGGGAUCACGAACCCAAAACUUUGCGGUAAUCAUGCAAGGAGAAGCGGAGCUCAUUCGCGACGACGUCAUCGUGUCCUUCUUGCUUCUUGAACAACGCCUAAGAGUGUCUGAAAAGAAUAUGGACGUUGGAGGGGGCAAGUUUGAGCAAAAUCAAAUAGUGUUGGGACAUCACGUUAAUACGCCGUGAUUCCCUGAACGUGGAUCUACGUCACGGUUGGAGCGCUUAGGUCUGGGAAGCCAUGGAUUUUCUUAGGGUAACGUGAACUCGUCUGCAGCUGAAGGAUGAUACCAUUCUUUGUAAUUGUAUAUGGGCGCGCACGCGUAAACUUGAAGCCAGAACUUGAUCCAUAUUUUU